CCUCCCCCAGGUUAGUAGGUGUUAAUCUGGGGGCCUCUGGAUUCUACCUUAUCAGGUGUCAGCAACAGAAACAUGAGGGCCCAGAGCAUCCUCCUCCUGGUGGCCCCCCUGGGUUUGGGGAGCCAGUUACCUGCUGCCUUGGGCAGGAGGAAGGGAGAGAAGUCUGGGGGCUGCCCACCGGAUGACGGGCCCUGCCUCCUCUCGGUGCCUGACCAGUGUCUGCACGACAGCCAGUGUCCCUCAGGGAUGAAGUGCUGUCGCCAAGCGUGCUUCCUCCAGUGCGUGCGGAAGGUCUCAGUUAAGAUGGGCAGAUGCCCCGAGGACCGUCUGCGCUGCCUGAGCCCCGCGCAGCACCUCUGCUCCAAGGACUCGGACUGCCAGGGCUGCAAGCGGUGCUGCCUGGGUGCCUGCGGCCGGGACUGCAGAAACCCUGUCUGAGGCUAAUUCUGGGUUAAGAUCCAUAACUCUGAACCUCGGGAUGGGGUUCUCUGCAGGAAGAUAUGAAGAUGGGCGGGGUCUGGGACCCAGCAACCCAGACAGAAGCUGCCCUGCCAGUGGAAAUUCCAACCUUAAUAAACUCUGUUCUAGAAGAAUUUUCCAAACGUCAAUCUGUUCACAAUGUUCGCCAUACCUGCAAAAUAGCAUCAUGAUAUUUUGUGUAUUGCCUGUACUCCUAUUGACCUAAUGUUUUUCUUCCAAGGGACUCACUUUUGUAUA